AUGGACUCGGUGCUGCGCAGCGCCCGCCGCUUCCCCCCGCGGCUGCUGCGGGCGGCGCCGGAUCGGGCCCGGCGGGGCUCCGCGGGUGCGGCCAUGCAGCAGCCCGAGGGCGGCGGGGGCUGGCUGGGCGCGCUGCGCUUCGACAACUUGGCUCUGCGCUCGCUGCCCGUGGACUCCUCGGAGGAGGUCGGCCCUCGGACCGUGCCCGGCGCCUGCUUCGCUCGGGUGCGGCCCAGCCCGCUGCAGAACCCGCGGCUCGUGGCCGUGUCGCUGCCGGCGCUGGCGUUGCUGGGGCUGGAGCCGCCCGCGGCCGACCCGGCGGCGGCGGAGGCCGAGGCCGCGCUGUUCUUCAGCGGGAACCGGGUGCCGGCGGGCGCGGAGCCCGCGGCGCAUUGCUACUGCGGCCACCAGUUCGGCAGCUUCGCGGGGCAGCUGGGCGACGGCGCCGCCAUGUACCUGGGCGAGGUGCUGGGCCCGCGGGGCGAGCGCUGGGAGAUCCAGCUCAAGGGCGCCGGCAUCACCCCUUUUUCCCGACAGGCUGAUGGUCGGAAGGUCCUGCGGUCGAGCAUUCGGGAGUUCCUGUGCAGCGAGGCCAUGUUCCACCUGGGAAUACCAACAACACGGGCUGGCACCUGCGUGACAUCUGACUCCAAAGUUGUUCGUGAUGUAUUUUAUGAUGGGAAUCCAAAAAACGAAAGGUGUGCAGUUGUUCUGAGGAUAGCCUCUACAUUUAUAAGAUUUGGCUCUUUUGAAAUUUUUAAACCCCCUGAUGAAUACACUGGACGCAAGGGUCCCAGCGUUAACCGAAAUGAUAUUCGAAUACAGAUGCUGGAUUAUGUGAUCAGCACUUUCUACCCAGAAAUCCAGGAAGCUUAUUCAGACAACACUGUUCAGAGGAAUGCUGCUUUCUUCAGAGAGAUAACCAAACGGACAGCGAGACUGGUUGCUGAAUGGCAGUGUGUGGGGUUUUGCCAUGGUGUGCUGAAUACAGAUAACAUGAGUAUAGUUGGACUAACCAUUGACUAUGGCCCUUUUGGGUUUAUGGACAGGUAUGACCCUGAGCAUGUUUGCAAUGGUUCUGAUAAUACAGGGCGCUAUGCUUACAACAAACAGCCAGAGAUUUGCAAAUGGAACCUGGGGAAACUUGCUGAAGCUUUAGUUCCAGAGCUGCCCUUGGAAAUAAGUCAGCUCAUCCUGGAAGAGGAAUAUGAUGCAGAAUUUGAGAAACACUAUUUGCAGAAGAUGAGAAAAAAACUAGGCCUAGUCCAGCUGGAAUUAGAAGAAGAUAGUAAGCUGGUGUCUGAACUGCUUGAAACCAUGCAUCUCACAGCUGGAGACUUCACAAAUAUUUUUUACUUGCUGAGCUCAUUCUCAGUAGACAUUGAUCCUUCAAAAUAUGAAGAAUUCUUAGAAGAGCUGGCAAGUCAGUGUGCUUCUGUGGAAGAACUGAAAGUUGUUUUUAAACCACAGAUGGAUCCAAGACAACUGUCAAUGAUGCUGAUGUUGGCUCAGUCUAAUCCUCAGCUGUUUGCAUUAAUUGGAACAAAAGCUAAUAUAAAUAAGGAACUGGAACGCAUCGAACAGUUCUCUAAACUGCAGCAGUUAACAGCAGAUGAUUUACUUAGCAGAAAUAAAAGACACUGGAAGGAAUGGCUGGAGAAAUACAGAGUCCGUUUGCAAAAAGAAGUAGAAAGUGUUGGUAAUGCUGAUGCCUGGAACGCUGAGCGUGUGAAGGUCAUGAAUUCAAACAAUCCAAAAUACAUCUUGAGAAAUUAUAUUGCCCAGAAUGCCAUAGAAGCAGCUGAAAAUGGGGAUUUCUCAGAGGUAAGAAAUGUACUGAAACUUCUAGAACAUCCAUUCCAAGAAGCAGAAUGUUUCCAGGAGGUAAAGGAAGAUGCAGAAGAAGAGGGAGCAACUGCUACAGCAGCUGUUUGUUCUCAAGAGACCAGAAGCAGACAAUCCUAUUGCAGCAAACCUCCGCUGUGGGCUUCGGAGCUCUGUGUUACGUGAUCUUCAUAACUGCCUUGUUUAGUUUUUUGCUGUGAACUGAAGAUUCCAAUCCUCCUUCAGCAGUGAAGAAUUCAGCAAGGCAAACAUCAAAGUGCUGUUAAGUUAUUGAAAUAACACUACAUUUGGAUGCAUCUGCAGCAGUCUUCAGCUGUGCUUAAUUUGAAGCAAUUGUGGAUCAUUGGAACAAAACAGUGACAAUCAACAGCCUAUACACAUCAGUAAUCUAAAUGUUUAAACACUGAGUGUCUUUCCUUUAUCCUCACUACAUUGCAAGUAAAAAACAGUAUUUUAUGUUGAGGCAGGCUGAACUUUAAACAUCCAAAUGGAGUUGUUGUUACAUGAAGACAAAAAUAGCAAGUCAGGAAUCUGAUCUGUUUUUGUCUGAUAUCUUAACUAAUAGUACUUCUAAAACUCUUUUACUGCUUUCUCUAUGCAGAAACUUUUAGUCCUCGUCAAUGGAGGAAUAGAUUCAGUGUUGCUUGUUUGAAGCUUUAAUUAAGUAGUUCAUUUCUUUUGAACUUUCAUAUUGAUAUUUAAUCAUUAUCAAUUUUCUGAGAAUUUGUGCAGGCUAGAAUUUGGGGGGAGCAACUGAAUUUUUGUAAGAUCAGAAUUAAGGGAGAUUACAUACAUUUGCACUUGAAAACUCGGUGGUAAAGUUUAUUCACAUUCAGUAUGUUUGCACACAACACCUAUAAAUAUCUACUAAACUCAGGAGUGCAGUUUGUAAGCCAGUUGCCUCUGGAAGGGUCCAUAAGCCAAAUUAGUGUGAGCCUUAAAUUACCUCAGCACUCAAAACCAGGUUUGGUAUAUUUAUUUCUGCACUGCUAAGAGAGUCUGCCUGUGUAAAAAGUGUGCAGGUAAGGUAUCUGCUCAUCACACUGCCCAGUGGGGUUCUUCCAUUCCUUCUCUACUCCUGCACCAUGUAGUUUGCUUCUGUGGUCCUUGAAAAUCUUCAUGCUGCAAGUUUGCCAUUUAGGAACAUGCUGUUUGAGCUUGGGUAAAAGAUGAUGGAGGAUAUGGGAGGUGAAGAGGAACUGACUUGCUUGCAGGUUACUUACAACAUUUCAGUUGAGGUUUCAGGGGAAGGUUGGUUGCUGUUACAGUUAUGUUGGGAUGGACUGACUGGCAUCACCACCAGUCCUUCACUAGAAAACUUUUUAUGCCUUCUUUCAGUGAACUUCUUUAUAACAGCUCUGACUCAUUCUCUUGUAGGCAGGUUCACACAGUACUGACUCCUUUUCUUACAGGCAGCUCCACACAGCUCUGACUCCUUCUCUCCUCUCUACAUGACUGGCUAAAUGCAAACCUGUCCCUUACCCAGCCACCUAAUCCUGUCUGUCCCAUGCCCAUCUUCUUAUCUUGUCUGCCUGUUGCAUGACCACACAUCCCUUCCUCCUCACAGCACAGUCAGCAGACUCUUAGUCUCAACCUCCAACUCAAACUGCAAGUGCCUGUAACUGGUAGUUAGCUAUAACCCACUCUUUUAUAACACCCAAACUCAUCGAGCAGGCACAGAUGUUUCCACUCCUCAGUAAUCAGUACAGCUGAAAUUCAUCAGGAGAGAUUGCCUUCUGCACUAUCCUUUCAACCUGUCUGUCCACAGGUUGCCAUUAUUGUCACAUCAUCAAAAGAAUGUUGUUGUGUAGUCAGUUGUUACUUAGCUGUCUGAACUUCUUUUUGAAGGACUGUGUUAGUAGUUCAGACCCCUGAAAAGUUUGGCUUAACGCAAAGGCUUCUCUUUCUGAAGAGACUGCUGUCUCACACUGUGAUUUACGUGUCUUCAAGGAAAUUCUUCUGCUACCCCUGUGCAAACUUGACAUCAGCUGGAGUUGAAUUGGUUUUUUUUAAGUCUUUCUCAAUAUGAGCUGUCAGCAAACAGGGAGAACAGUUGGACUGUUGCUUAUCUGUCUGUACUAAUAGUCAGUUUGUCCUUGAUGUCACAAGACAUAGGGCAUGUUUUAAAUGUAAUCAUUCACUCUGUUUUGGAGUGAAUGGUUACAUUUGUGAAGGAACAGAUUUGUGACAAAGAUGAUCUCUGACAAGCAUAGCACUUUCUGGGUGAUUUCUAGCCCAUGGAAGAAUGAUGUAAUUAGGUCUUCUGGGAAUAAUCAAUUUUUUGUGGGAUUUUGAAGCUUUCUUUGAGGACUACCCUUCCUUUUUAAAUUUGGGUUACUGGAACCAAACCAUUUAAUGGAAACUAGCAGAAAGUCAGUGCUGGGUAAACAGGACCUCAUCAGGGAGGCAAAGUGUGUCAGCACUCUGAAAUAUGCUUGAGACAUCCCCGUGCAGAACCUGUGGUCUCUUACAGUGUCCCUGGUCCACAAGGGAGUAACAGAGGGAGGAAAAGUUGUUCCAAACUGAUCAACAUAACUGUGCUGAUUUUGUUUCUCAGUUUAUAUCUUUUCUGUUGGGACACAGAGGUGAACACAGGUGCUCUGUCCAAGGCUUUUGGUUAACAAAAUGCUGCAAAAAGUAAUGAUUCUUAACCAUGCUUAAGGGAUCAAGUCUUUUUCACAGCAUUGUGAUGAUAAUUUGAGGGAUUGAGUUGAUCUCUAUUAACAGUGGUAUAGAGAAGGAGAACACUGUAACUGUGUGUUUGGACAUACAAGAAUUUGAAUUAAUUACCAAAUUAUUGUGCAUCUAUAUUGCCAAAGUAAUGGAAAGAGAUACUUUGGAAUAAUUUACUAGCAAUUAUCUUAUCCUUAAAAGGGAAAAUGAAUGUUACAGUGAGAAAUGCAAAAGCAGGAUUUGCUGCUAAAUAUUCUUUGCUUACAUGUUGAUGGAGUGCAAGAGAUGUAGCAGGGUUGGAAUGAUUAAUGCAGCCUCUUGGUGUGGCUGGUUUGGUGUGACACUCAGUAAAGCUGUAUGUGUAAUAGAUGUUCACCAACAGGUAGAAACUUGGAAGGUUUUCACACGUUCCAGCUGCACUGACAUCCAAGUGCUUGGUUCCCCAGGGCAUGCAAUAUCAGUGCUUUGUGCAUGAAGAAGCAGGAUGAUCCUGAGCCAAGAGGAAUGCUUGUGCUCUUCCAGUGCUCUCAUUUCAGCAGGUGGGUUGUGGUUUGAUCUCUGAUGAUAGUGAGUUUCUUCUCUUCUUGUUCUUGGAGCAGUGUGGAAGCAGGAGGUUGUUCAGCACACUUAGGUGAAAUUUUGUCCAGAAUUGAAUGUUAUCACUUAGUUUAGUUCUUCAGAGAGAAGGGAGUACAGCUUAUAGCGUUUGGGAAUCUAAAUACUCAAAUCAUAAUUUGCUUAUUGAGUUUUACUGCUUGUAUUUGCAGUAGGUUCUGAAAAUAAUAUUUAUUACUGGUCAAAUAUUCUGCUUAUAUAAAAGCCAUGGAGUUCUGCUCAAAAUGAAGUGGUGAGUCUUAUUAUCAAAAGCUGUCUGUAGAAAUACUUGAUUAGACUUAGCCUGUGGCUAUACCACAUAUCCUGAAGUACCCUUGCAUAAAAUCAAGUGGUACCCAGAUUACAAAACUGAAAUGAGAGCCUCUUGGAGAUGAAUCUCUGGAUAGUCUCACAUGAUAGAGGGACUCUUUUAAUGACUUUGCAAGAUUUCACCAUAACUCUGCUUCAUCAGCUUGUAAGGCUACAGUUGCUGAAUGUUUUAUUGUCAGCUCUUAUUUUGGAAUGUUGUAUGGGUUGCUUGGGGGGUGGUGUUCUUUUGUGGGUUGGGUUUGGUUUUUUCCCCCCAAAUAAGUGCUGCAGAUUUCAUUCUUUUAUUGGAGUUAAUAAAUAAUAAAUUGCAAUUUUAA